GAGCUCCGCGUGGCGUGAACGCCAUUGAUAUUUUGAUUGAUACAUCUUCAACGAGUGUCGCUUCUGAACAUACAUAUAUACAUCUAAGAUGUCAACAAAUAUCACGCCGUAGCAAGUUGUAAAAAAAGCUGUUGUCCACGCCGCGUAAUGAUGAAGUGAAACCCUCUGAGCUGGCACCGACGCUCCCGAGAACAAUGCGGGAGAGCUCGUCUGUGAUUGGCUACGAACUCCCGCUCCGCCCCUGGCUUGGCGUCGUUGGCCAAUAGCGAGCCGAGGAGCGCGAGCACGUGACGCGCGGGCACGUGACGCGCAGCGAGGCCCCUCGAGCGCUGCGGGAGUCGGGGCCAUGUCCGUGGCGCUGGGCCGCGCCUCGCUGGCGCAGGCGCGGCGCGAGGCGCAGAGCGACCCCGCGCCGGGCCGCGUGCACCGCCUGCCGUGCCGCGUGCACCGCACGGGGCCCGCGCGCGUCGCCGCCUUCUUCAGCCCGGCCGUGCGCACGGGAGACGGCGGCGAACUCGCGACGUCGUUCCGCGGUCGGGAGCUGAAGGGCCGCGCCGUGCCGCUGCCCCCGGGCUACUCGGGCGUGGUGGUGCGCGAGGAGUCGGCGGGGACCUCAUUGCGCCACGAGGAUCGCAGGGCCACGGCGCUGCAAGCCUUCUCGGCCUUCUCGGCCAUCUCGCACUGGAACCUGGAGACGGCUCCCUCGGGAGACGACGCGCUGCCUAUGGCCCUGGCCUGGCCUGCGCUGGCCGAUGCGAUUCAUGGAUCAGAAGAUGAGGACGACUAGCGACGGUGGACAUGUCGUGACGGGAGUUGGUGUUUUUAUUCAAUAAAAGCAUUACACGGAAAA